CUGUUUCUCCGUGAUUCUGUUCGCGCGUCCUGGACUUCGCGCGUCGCUCCGCCGUUCACACCGUCUCUCCACACACACGGUUUCUCACUCGUGUCCAGGAAAAAAGUAAGAAACCCAAACAAAGGCACAUCCGGCUGACCUCCUGCUGACUUUGAGGUCGAAGGUCAUGACCCCACUUUAAUCCCAGGCCCUACGUAACGUGCUGGUGACGUCAUUAUGUUUCACACCUUCCCCAACAAAUCCAGGGCCCAGACGCCGGCGGCCAUGGAGAAGACGUACUCACUGACGGCGCAUUACGACGACUUUCAGGAGAUCAAGUACAGCAGUCGCUGCAGCAGCAGCACGCUCAGCAACGGCGUCAGUCUGCAUCUGGGUGGGUCGCUAGACCGUGCCGGGCGUGGCCGCAGUGGGAAGGAUAAGUUCAUGGGUGGGCCCGGUCCAGGGGGCAGUACCCCGGCUCGCUGGAGUCGGCGUGAGAUCUGCCUGCUGUCGGCGCUGGUGUUUGCGGCGGGGAUGUGCGUGAUUCUCGGCUGCAUGCUGGCGCUGAAGUUUCUGUCGCUGGAGGCGCAGGACUCCGGGUGUCGGCAGGACUGCGUGAAGAGACGCUCGCUGCUCAGGGCCGCGCGCUUUGUUCAGGGAAACAUCGACCCGAGCGUUCAGCCCUGUCACGACUUCUACAGUUUUGCGUGCGGGGGCUGGCUCAGACGUCACGGGAUACCGGAGGACAAAAUGAGCUACGGAAUAAUCACAGCCAUCGGAGAGCAAAACCAAGAGAAGCUGCAGCGCCUCCUACAGGCACCCAUUCAGAGGCACGAACCCAACAGUGCCGAGAGAAAGGUGAAAGAAUUUUAUCGCUCAUGCAUCAACAUGAAGGAAAUCGACCGUCUGGGGGCGGCACCCAUGACUGAGGUGAUUGACAGCUGCGGUGGAUGGGAUCUGUCCAGGGCUCCUCCCGGAGGUGCGGGGUGGGAUAGCAGCUCCGCCCCUGUGAGGCCGGAUUUCAACGAGAUACUGUACAAGACGCAGGCCGUGUACAGCACGUCUGUCUUCUUCUCUCUCACUGUGAGCGUGGACGAUAAAAACUCCUCACGCAACGCCAUACGGAUCGAUCAGGAGGGCUUGACUCUGCCAGAGAGAACUCUUAUCUGGGUCAGGAUGAGGACAGCGUGA